UAAAAUACAUGUGUUCCAUAAUCUGUGGUUUAUACAAGAUGGCGACAUAGUUUGCAAACAUUGCUUGUUAUUGCUAAACUAAAAGCUUAUGAAAUGAGGAAUUGUUGAUUACAUUUUAACAUGGCUAAUGAAUACGAGGUCUCUUCAAAAUCCAAAGGCUUGUCCUUUAUAAAUUGGGAAGAGCUUAAUGAGGAGGAGUUCCACAAGCUGAAAAAAAUUUUAAAUGCUCCUAUGUGUACUGGUGUUCAGUUUCCAUUUUCAUUCAAUGGAGACAAAACAACAGACAAGUUUCAGCAUGGCCCAGUAUUCCAGCCAGCUGUGCCCCCUCCACCUAUAUUAGGCUACCCUAUUCCAGUGCAUCACUGGACACCUGGGGAUCCCAGUGUGAUCCACCCUUCUGGGCCACCUUACUCAAUUGCCCUCCAGGGUACCUAUAUGUUUUCAAAUUCAACAUUAGCUGCCACAGGAGAUGGCUCUAUGGCAUUUGUCCCAGCUCUGAACACAGGACAACCUAUGUAUACUCUACCAGCUCCACAUCUUCUACCAACCCAUUAUACAACAGCUCCCCAGUCAGAGCCUGUGGAUUUGACUGUUCCAGUGACUUGCCCUGUUGGGGACAUAGUUUUGCAGCAACAAGGCCACUCCAGUGCAGGAGUGAUGUCUGAACCAUGUGCACAUCAAGUAAUGCUGGCACACAUGAGUCUAGCAGGCAAUAACUCAAACUUUAUGCCCUCUUUGGGCUUGUCUCAUGCUGGUAUACGUCAUCACCUGGAAGGGUCCACUCAAGUAGUGUACAUUGCACAACAAAAUGUGGCACCCACUGUUUCUCCUGAUGAGCAAGCAAAUUCUCAAACUUUUUCUGACUGUAGAAGUAAUGCUGGGCAUCAGACUGUUCAAAGGACCCCUUCUAUAGAGUUUGGUGGUCCUGUGGUAUUUAGCAGUUAUUUGCCUGAUGCCAACCACCCUGAGCCAAAUAAUAAUAAAACAUUAGCAAAUCAUGACAUUGUACAUGAUGAGGUUGUGAUAGACAUGGAAGGAUUGCAUCUUUCCAAGAGAAGCAGUCAGGGGGAAAUAGUAGACAAUCAGGGAGCUUUAACUCAACACUCACUCCAGUCUGCGGUGCCUGUGACAGAUAUUCCUUCUCAUUUAGAAUCACUUGACUUUAAAAAACCUUCAUUACACACAGAUGAAAGUUGUGAGUCUCAGUCACCAACCAAUACUCCAGAAAUACAAGAUGGUGCUGACACUAACAGACUGUUGGAAUCUGAACCAAAACAGGCUCCUGUACCACCUCCUAAAAUGUGGAGCAGUUUAUUUGGGAAAAACAAAGCCAAUGGCACUUCACAAUGCCCAGAUAUGUCACUGAGCUCAGUUGCAGCAGUUCCAAAUGCUUUUUUGAAAGAAGAAGUGAAAAGUGUGCGUUAUUGGCAAGAGAAAGAGAAAGCGGAAGCUAAACAGUCCCUUGUGCCUACUGAGAAGGUCAUUACCGUUGGACCCCAUAAUGAUCCUUUUGCUGUUAAAAUACUUGAACAGCUCCUUACUCUUCAGAUAGUUCAUUCUCCAAUUGUGAUACAGCCAAGAGGCCUUGUAAAUGGGAGCAAUAUUUGCUUUAUGAAUGCUACCCUUCAAGUGCUAAUGGGCUGCCCUCCUUUUAUUCACUUGUUUAGAGCUUUCAAAGACCUUCCACCUCGUCCUGGCAGCUAUUCCUCUACUCCCAUUUUUGACUCGCUUGUUCAGUUUGUUAAUUCAUUCCAGAAUGGCCAAAGAAUCAGAACUCCUGGCUCACGAAAUAAAAAAGGUACACUUGGGGACAUCAAUCUAGGCCAGCCGUUUACACCAACACCACUCUUGAAUGUUGCCCAGAAUAUUCUUGGACUUCAUAUUGGUGUUCAGCAUGAUGCUGAGGAAUUCCUCAGUCAGAUUUUGAUGAUCUGUCAUGAAGAAUUGGAGAACAUAAUGAAGCUAAAUACUUCCAAUGGCUUUAUUAACAAUAACAAACCACAAAUGAAAAAUGGUAGUGUAGCAAAUGACGCCAGUGUUACAGAUGAUGAACAACAAGAUGACAGUGAAUCUUGGCAGAAAGUUGGACCUAAAAAUCAUCAUGUGGAGACUAAUAUUAAUGAUUGUGGUGAAACACCACUGUCCAACAUAUUUGCUGGCUUGAGUAGGUCUUGUCUUACCAGAGAGUCUGGAAAAACCAGUGACACUCUAGAUUCUUUCUUCACUUUGAAACUGGACAUACAGGCUGAAAAUGUUCACUCAGUCUAUGAUGCUUUACUAAGAUUGAAUAGCUCGGAGACAGUUCUUGACGCUGAAGGUGGAAAGGUUCAAGGACAAAGGCGGAUGUUCUUUGAUAUUUUGCCCCCUGUGUUAAUAAUGCACCUAAAACUGUUUCAGUAUUCUAAUGGUAAUGGACAGAAAAUUCAAAAGAAAAUAGAUUUUGAUGUUGACUUGACUAUACCCAAAGAAACCUUGUCACGUGUUGCUAAAACAAAGUUCCUAUCUCAGAAGUCAAGAACCUAUAAAUUAUUUGGUGUUGUUAAUCAUCAUGGAAUCAAAAUGAAUGAUGGUCAUUACACUUCUGAUGUUUACUUGCCUGCUGUUAGUGGUUGGCUUCGAUUUGAUGAUAGUGAGGUCAUAACGAUUAAUGAACCCCAAGUUCUUCAGUACAGUGAGAGACGUAUGCCAUAUUUAUUGUUCUAUAGAAGGAUGGAUUUAACGAAUUAGGAGUUUUAUACAAGCAGAAAUCAUGUAUAAGGCUUAUUUUAAUCAUUGGGUCAUUGGGAAUGUUUUAAGACACAGGAAUGGAGAUUGUCAAGAGAGUGAUUUUUGAAACUUUUUAUCAUUUUGAAAUAAGUUGUAUUUGAGCUCAUCAAAAUAUGCUUGUUCAUUAUAUUUAAUCAAUGAAUAUGUGCAUUGUACAUUUCCUAAUAGCCAUUAGUAGAGAUUUGAAUUUAAAUAAUGACCUAAGUUAUCAAUGCAGUAUUUUUCUAUUUUAUUUUAGUUAUUGUAAAAAAAAUAUUUUUUUUAAAGGUUUGCUAGAGAUAGCUUUAUAUAUAAAAAAAGAAGCUAUUUUGUGUCAUGAUUGCAUUGUGCUUAGAAAAUGUCCUUUGGUGAGGACAGAAACACCUGAUUGUUCUACUUCAAUUACUCUAACAUAUCUAUAUUUGGGCAUCCCAACUUUUUAUAAUAGCAUUUACUAAAUUCUUUGCUUCCAUGCACAGUAACCUAGUCAUAAUGGCUUUGCAGAAGAAAUGAUGCAAGCUUUCUUUGUUAUUGUCUUAAUACAUGAACGACCUACUGAAGCAUAAUUGCAUUUUUUUUUUGCUAUCAUCAAAUGAUUAUUUUACCAUCCUGAGCAUCUAGGUAUGUUAUUAUUAAUAUAUAAAUAGGGUUUAGACCUAACAUCCUGAGCAUCUCGAUAUGUUAUUAUUAAUAUUUAAAUAGAGUUUAGACCUUUCUCUUUGAUUUUAUUUUUGAAUUUACAGCUUCAUUUUUAAUUAUUAAAAUAUGGCUAUUUUAUUUUUGUCUGACAAAUAAUUUUGUCACAAGAUGCGGGUAUUUUUUUAAAAAUUUAAAAUGUUGGCUAGAAGAACUUGUUAAAAUUUAAUUAUGUAGGCUGGUUUCUGAAGUUUUGUCUGUUAAUCAUUAAUAUAGCUUUAUAAAAAGUUAUUACAAAUUAAGUAAAAAAAAUGAUGGUAGGUUUUUUACUUUGGAGACAAUAUGUAAUAAUGUGUUCUUUUCCUUGUAUAUAGUUAAUUGUGUAUAGAAACUUAAAACUUUGUUUUACUAUCUUAGUCAUUUUCUUCUGUCAUUGAAUGCCUAGUUUGUUUUUCCUUGACUUAUGUAAUGAAGCUUAGAAAGCACAUAAUGUUAUGCUGUACAUUAGACAUAGGGACUAAAUACUAGUGUGCUUGGGUGUCUAGUUGACAGGUUCAAAUCUUUCUGGAGACUAAGGUUGGUCCAACUUUAAUAUAUAUAUGUCCAACAUUAGUUGUAUAGGUAGGCCACAUCACUCAUUUAAUUCAUUAGCCGAAUAUCAAUGUUUUGUUUCCCUGCACUUAAACCUUUAGAGCUCCAAGAGGAACUCAUCUGGUCUGUUUUUAAAUGCUGAAACAUUUUUAUGUACACAUGUUAAAAGCCAGUGAGUAAAUUGUGAUGAGUAAGUUAAGACCACAAGUGUUGCCUAUGUCUACUGGUCUUUGCUGUUGUGAGUGCAUGUCUUUGAAAAUGUUUAAAUGCUAUUUAAAAAAACAACAAACUAUAACCAUAAUACUUUUGUACACAAUGUUCAUGUUUUUAAGUUUCAAAAUUUCAUCAAUCUUAUUUAAGUACUAUUGAAAAUUGUAUUCAAUUUAUAAGAAAAAAAAGUUUUUAAUGUGUAUCAAUUUUUUUUUUACAAUUGUUUUUCUUUUAAAACCAAUACGAUGAUGGCCCACAGAAUAAUAGUAAAGUCUUACAAUGGGAUAUCCUCCAAUUAAUAUUCUGUAAAUGUGAUUUCACUUAUUUCUCUUUCAAUUGGUGAAAACAUCUCAAAUUGAACAAAAUGAAAUCUCAUAAAAAAAAAAAAAAGGAAAUUUUCUUCUAUAGUUCGUCCAUCGUCGUUCGGUGAUGACUACUUUGUCAUCCAGGGGGCUGAGGGCUUUGCACUGGGGUUUUGUGCCUCCUCAUGUGGCUGGUGAGCCUGGAAUGUUCGGCUGCACACUGGGCAGGUUAUUCCAGCUGGAGUUAGUGUCAUUGGCCUUGCUUUUCUUCUCUGGCGUUUUUCUUCUGCCAGUGUUGUUCUCUUUUCCUCAGCAAUCUGUGCGCCAGUUUUCACAGCCCAGCGCCAUGAUGUUCUGUCAUGUGCCUCUGUCUCCCAGGUGGCUGGGUCUAUGCUGAACGCCUUCAGAGAAGCUUUGAGGGUGUUCCUGAGGCAUUUUCUUUGACAGCCUUGCGAGCGCUUUCCUUCGCUUAGUUGGCCAUACAAGAGUUGGUUUGGGAUGCGGUGGUCUUCCAUUCUGCAGACGUGUCCUGCCCAUCGAAGCUGGGACUGCAUCAGGAUUGUGUGGAUGCUUUGCAGACCCGCUCUUCGAAGGACUUCAGUAUCUGGUAUUUUGUCUUGCCAUUUGACAUUCAGUAUUUUUCUUAGACAUGUUCUGUGGAAGUGGUUCAGUUUUUUGCAUGUUUUCUGUACACUGUCCACAUUUCUGAGGCAUAGAGUAAUGUAGGGACGAUGACAGCUCGAUAUAUCUCUAGCUUUGUAUUUUUGGUGAUACCUCGUCUGCUUCAGACAUUUUUAGACAGUCUGCCAUGGGAUACACUGGCCUUGGUGAUACGCAAGUCGAUUUCAUUAUGGAUCUUUCAGUUUCUGGAGAGUGCCAAGAUAUGUGAAUCUGUCCACUGCUUUUAUAUCAUGUCCAUUUAUUGUGAUGCUUGGAUCCGAGUAGGUUUUUCCUGGAGCUGGUAAAUAUAAGACUUCAGUCUUUUUUGUGUUGAUGGUAAGGCCAAAUUCUGAGCAUGCUCUUGAGAAGUCACUGACAAUGCUUCUAAUGUGCACAGAAAAACACAUUGAAAUUUUUUUAAUUUAAAAAAUUAAUAAGUAAGGAUUUUUAAAAAAAAAUAUUCAUUCUUAGCUAAAAAAAAUAAAUAAAAAAUUAAUAAACUGAUUUGACUCCUUUUUUUUUUUUCAUACUUUUUAUUUUGCUUAAUUUAUGUUAAAAUAGGCUUAUUGACUUAAUAAAUAUUCUGUGGGUCAUCACCUAGUGGAAAUGUAAAGUAUUUCAUUAACCAUUCAUUUUUGUAUGAAAUUCAAAUCUUAGUUGUUGUUUUUAUUUAUUUAUAUAAGUAAAUUAUUAGUGCUUAUUUCAAAUAUUUGUAUAUAUUUUGAUUAAAUUUGAUGUUCUUAUUUUUCUCUGUUUUUUUUUUUUUCAAGUUCUGCCAGUCUUGUUAGUAGUCAAGUUGAUUCUUGACCAUAGAUUUAUUCACUAAAAACAAGUCUAUUGAAGGGCAAAUAGUUACUUUUAAGUGACAUUUCAAGUUAAAGAAACAUAGUUCCAGAGUAUUAUGGUAAUAUGUCUUUCACUUGUAUAUAAUCAUUCAUAAUUCUAGCAUGAAAUGCCAUUGAAAAACUGACCAAGUUCAUUUAAUAUGGUGCUUAGUAGUCGUUUGCGUUUCAAAAGAAAAAAAAAAUUUCUUCAUUGUUUAUAUUAGUCAUUUUCAAUAAAUGGUAUUUUAGUAAUAGCACAUGUGAUUCUGUUACAAAACUAUUGCAUUCAUUUAUAGCCUGACCAAACUGAAAAGUGUUUCUACAAUUUUAAUGCCAAAGUGUUGACCAAGAUGCUUGGCAAUGACCUCUCUAUUUUGAAAAUAAGCUUUUCAUGGGUUUUAAGAGAUUCUGGCUUAUUCUACAAAGUGGUUAGAUCUGGUUACCAUUUUUUCAUGAACACUGAAAUUUUAUCCCUAACAUUAUAUCACUGCCAAUAUUUAUAUUUUCUGUGCUAGAUUUCAAGACUUUUUAAUUAUUUGAUCUGCACUUGUUAAGCUUUAGUUUGCUUUUGGAUGCGCGUUCUUAGUUUAUUUGUACAAUAAUUGUAAUAGUGUAGAGACAUAAGCUUUUCUUUAGCACCCCCCCCUCCCCCCCAACUGGUGCUUACAUUUACAAGGAUAGAAAAACUGUUCUUCAAGUAUUCACUUUAAACUCUAACAAGAGGACUUUCUAAAGAAAUAGUGCAAAUCCUUAAUUUUAGUUUUUAAGGUUCAGAUAUUUGCGUAAAUAUGCUUUCACUAAUGAAACUAAAUCCUUCAAGUUUUUACAUAUAUAUGCCAUAAAUGUAUUCAUUUAUUAAGAAAAGAAUUAAUGCUUCAUUCAUUUAAAUAUUGUACAGUAGUAGACGACAGCUGUUUGCUUUUUGAGAUAUACACACACACUUAAAUUCAUUAUUUGGAUUAUAUAUAAAAAGAGCUAAACUAUUUCUUACUCAAAAUACAUAGCAUUUUAUUUUAGAAGUAGUAAAGUUAUGCAAGAUGAUUAAAGUAAUUAUUAUGUCUCAACAUGUUAAGAUCAUAAAUUAAUGACAGAAUCAUUCAUGUUGUAAAUAAAUGAUAUAUAUAUAUAUAUAUAUGUAUGAAGGUGUGCGUUGAAUAUUUAUAUUUCAUCCAAACUGAAAGAAAGCAUGGUAGUUUAUUGUAACAAAGUGUUGCUGUUAUAAAGAUUUUCAUUUUUUGAUUGCAAAACAUUUUGAGAUAAAUCAUUUUUCUUUGUAUAAACAUGGACUUAUGUGUUUUAUAAUUAAAUGAAAUGAAUAAAAACACCAUGUUAAGUGAUUACUAGUGAUGACCUGUCUCUUCAGCAGCAUGGCUUUGUGUGGUGUGCUCUGUCAUUACAACAAUAUAUUCACUGUGUAUAAAUAUUUUAAAAUAUCUCCAUUUAAGAUUUUUAGGCUUCCUUUAUAAUUGCUUUUGAAUGCCAUGAAACUUUGUAUGCAAAUAUUUAACCAGUUAUGGUGUUUAUUUAAUACAAUUGUGUUUGUUUCAAUGAAAACUAAUAAAUCAUCACCUUCAUGGAA